AAAGAUCAAGCUAAGAAAAUGUCUGGACGUGGAAAAGGUGCCGGAAAAGCCAGAGCAAAGGCAAAGACUCGCUCCUCCCGUGCCGGGCUUCAGUUCCCAGUCGGUCGUGUCCACAGGCUGCUGCGUAAAGGAAACUAUGCCCAGCGUGUUGGUGCCGGAGCCCCCGUCUACCUGGCGGCUGUGCUCGAGUACCUGACCGCUGAGAUCCUGGAGUUGGCCGGUAACGCUGCCCGUGACAACAAGAAGACCCGUAUCAUCCCCCGUCACCUGCAGCUGGCUGUCCGCAACGACGAGGAGCUCAACAAGCUGCUCGGAGGAGUCACCAUCGCUCAGGGAGGAGUGCUGCCCAACAUCCAGGCUGUUCUCUUGCCCAAGAAGACCGAGAAGGCUGCCAAGAAGUAACGACUCAAACUCUAACCCAAAUUAACACAACGGUCCUUUUAAGGGCCAAACACAUUUCCACAAAGGAGUUUAUGGCGUUCCAUGAUCAUGCAACCAUUUCUAUUAGUAAUCAAUUAAUAAGAUAAUCCUUAAUUUGCAAUGGGGAUAUUUAUAUUGUUACAGCAGUGA